GACGAUGCAUUCUUAUCCAGAUGUGUCGUUAAUGUUUUCAAAAGCAAUGUCAUUUCGUCAUCAUCACAAUGCACUCCUAUGAUAAUGCCAUCUUACCGCCACCGGUCACAAUGGCUUCAUUUUUGUUCGAGUAUGACAUGGAAUCGCCAGUGGCUCUAGCCACAGCCGCACAAUCUCCAGAGACGAAAGAAAAGUACAGCGGAGAGUUGGACGAUGCCGGGAAACCAGUGAUCAUCAGCCACAACUUUAAGGAGCAUCACUUGAGUGCCAAAGAUCGACAGCGGAUUUUCGAGGCUCCCUACAACUUUCUCAGCGCGAAUGACGAGUUCGCCUACUAUCGAAUCGCGUCGCCGUUUCGUCGCCGCGAAUUCCGUCUCCCCAAGGACCCGCUCAUCCUCACAACGAAC